GUCUGGUUCGAACGUUUUCGUGUUUCCGGUACGGGGUUUUCUAAACUGUUCGUAACGCGUGUUCGGAAAAAUCGGAAAACGCCGCCGCCCAGAUAAAUGUGUUGUGCUCAGAAGAACUGUGGUGUGGCAUAUGUUUGUGAAAUUUUUCGCACUUUCUUGUUCCGACUGUUAAGGGUAAAACCGUGUGACGGAAGUUGGUCGGGUUUUCGGUGCGAGUGAAGACGCCGCGGAACUGUCAUCUGUUAAGCUCAACCUAGCAUCCCAAGAGAUAAGCGAUACAAAUAAAUCACGUGCAGGAUAUGCGCCCACGCGGAAAGCCGUCAGUACUACAGGUUAAGGAAGGUGUGCUGUACGGCGGCCUGGACCCAUGAAACAGUGAAAAGUUACGCGUUCGUAGGGAAAACCGUAUCUAGGAAGAAGAUUGACAGUGCCGUCAACGGCAAUGGUAAGUGGUGAUAGUGAUUGACGACAGGAUGUCACUCCGUGCCCGAUGAUGUUGAUCUGCAUGCAGGUGACGAUGAGUCUAAUGACGAUGGACCGGAUCUGCUCGCGGGUGGUUCUAUCCGUACGGCACCCCAAAGCACUAGUGGGGACAAUUGCGUUGCCGGCAAUUGGUUACCUAGGCGCCACCGUUUGCUAAUAUAACAAUGUGUGUUUGUUUUGUGUAUUUGUGCGAAAACGUCAGUUCUGAUUUUACCCGCAUCGCUUCUGCCAGGUUGAUUUGUUAUUGUGCUUUCCCGGGCUAUUGAUUUUCGUUUAUAUAUGUUAUCCUGCCGAUUGGUGAUUUAUGAUCGCUGCUGCACCGAGAAAAGUUUUGACGGAGCGGAAAAAGUGGCAGCUGUGAGAAAAAUUGGAAAUCGGAGAAAAAAUAUCCAGAAGAUCUCGCCUCUUGGAAAAUCGACAACAACCUGCCUCCCAACCCAUUCCAAGUAUCAAACGAGGAAAAGUGAUUAGUGCUGAUCCGGAAGAGGAAGUUUGAUUUCGAAAAUUUUCAGUUCGAGCAAAGUUUCCGGGUUUUGUUUUUAUUGGUUCUCUGUUUUCCAACGUACGGGAGACGAUGUGAUUUAAGUUUUCCUUUCGUUGAGUCGGAAAUUAAAAAAAAAAACGGAAAGUUUCCGUAGAAGAAAAAUUAGUGUGCAGCAAAAGAGAGUUUAUGGUAGAGUGAAACUAGUUUGCUGCUGCUCUCCCGGCAGUGUGAAGAUUCGGUGAAAAAAAAUAUUGUCGAAAAGUUUCAACCGGCAUCAGCAAUACAGCUCAGACAUCGUUUGCUUCAGGUGGAAUUAUCGAACAAAAUCCAGUGAAAGCAUAGGCUUUAGUGAAUCGGAACCCAACAAACAACAGCGACAACCGUCAGCUGGCACGACACGUGCGAGUAACGUUUUGCUCGGUGGAACACUACUUACCGCCAACCACCGUUCGCCUAUUGUUCAAGUUCGAACAAGUGUCGCUAGCACGGUGGCUAAUCCUCGGACAUCCCCCGUAGUGGACAGGGUCGAGAGCCGAGUUCGGCUUUAAUGUGGGAAAUGUUGGAUCCGGACCUAGAGUGUGGAAACGAAUGCGGCGGUCCAGGACCACCUCCGGAAUUCCGUAUUCCGCCACCGCCGCGACCCCCAUUCCUGGCGGAACUGAACAACUGCAACGAGGACGGACCGGUAGCGGCAAUGCUCGGACCGAGCAGCCCCUUCGCCGAUGGGGACAUGUGCGAAGCGAUACCGAUCCUGGACGCCAGUUACCAUAGCAGUCCAUCGUUCCAAACGUCCGCCAUGAUUGUUUUGUGCUCGGUGCUGCUACUGUUAGUCAUCUUCAUAUCGUCGCUGUUAGUGUGGAAACACAAACGGAAAGUUCAAAACUUCUUACCCUGCAAAACGCCAACACGGGGUCCACCGCAUCACCUGGACGCAACAGGUGUCUCGGCGGCACACUCGGUGACAUACGAGGACCCGGACGUACACCUAGGACACCAUCCGCUGGUGAUGCGGCAUCACCACCAUCAUCACCACCACAACAUGGAGCUGCACCACCCGAAGCAGAUUCAUUACCCCAGCGGAUACCCGAUGCCCCGGUCGCCGCCAUUGUUCAUAUGCUCCUCGCCGGGCCCGGACCCAUACCGAUCGCAUGAUAACGUAUACGAAGAGCUAGAACAUCCAAGAGAUACAGAUUCGGAGCCACCGGUUCAAUCGGAUGACGAUUUUGCCGAAGACGAGCUGAGCCUGCCCGGCGACAGGUCAUUCCAUAAAUCAUCCUCCGACGGGGGUACGACUGUGGCCACAAUCUAUCACGACCGAAGCGCCAGCAGCAACGCGGGAACUAGCAGUGGAAACAACACCGACCAGUACAUGGAACGGAACAGGACCGAACGAAAUUCACUGCUCUCGUCAUCGUCGUCGGGUAAUGACAAUAAUCCGAGACAAGCUGGUGCUGCCGGUUGUAGCGGUGGUAGCGCCAGUGGCAACAAUAACAACAAUAGAAAUUCCAACUCCAGCACGGAUUGUGCGAGCAGCGCGAGCGGGAACAAUCCCAACAAUAGUACGAACAGUACCAGCAACAACAAUCACACUAGCAGUAACAAUGGAAACAAUAACAAUUGCACAGGGAGCGCGGGUUUGUUUCGUUCUAGAAAACAGCCAUCGACACUCGGAAGUGGUAGAGGCAAUAAACACUUCACCAAUCCCCUUUCGUCCGCCGAAUCUCCAAGCGAGAUGCGGCUAAUGCCCACGGCAUACGACGAAAGAGCCAUGAUGACGCUCCCUCCGUCCUAUCAAACAGCAGCCGUCACCGGGGCAGGAGCCCCCAACAACUUGAAUAGCAUCAACAAUAAUAGCUUUCUGAAUAGCAAUAGUCUAAAUAACAACGGUAGUCGUAGCAAUUAUUACAGCACAAUCGACGACGACUGCGAUCCCGUUGAGCGGCGGAACCGAAUAAACGCGCAGCUAUCCGCAUCGGCUGCUACAAUCCACAAUGGAGGUCCGGGCGUGUCCACCAUCUUCCGUAAUGGAAGGCCACCGCACGGUAGUACCAACAACAAUCACAACCAUCACAAUCACCACACAUCCAGUGGCAGCAGUCGAUCACGAACGAAUCCCCGCUCGUUGGAUCGUCGAAGGUAUAUCAACAAUAAUAACAACAACGGUAGCAACUUGGCGGUGAUAUCCGCACAGGACCCUUCCCAAUACAUCUACCACGAGCCGGUUUUUCACGAGGGCCUAAUCUAUGACGCCUGUCUUUCAUACAGCGACCGAAGUAGUGGCGGAAGUGCAGGCCCUCCCUAUCCGUAUGUAUUGCCACAUUUUACCACCUUCCGACAACACGGAGGUCCAGCCCAUCAUCAAGCCAUCUACUCCCGGGACAGCAGCUUCGGAUCUGACUCUGGUUAUAGUCAGCACACGCAAGCUUCUAACCGCAGCGCCGGAUGGAGCAGAAAUCGUCUAACACCUCAGCAGCAAACUUUGCCGUCACUGCAGCAGCAGCAACAGCAGCAGCAGCUAAAAUGCGAACCUCAACCGGCGGUGGCGGAUUCUUGAGAAAAAGUUCCCCUACCGGCGGCACUCGUUGCUCAGCUCGUAUACGGCAAGAUUUUAAUCUGAAGCUGCUACCAUUGAGACCGGGACUCAAGGAAAAACCUCCCGGAUGUGUGGUCCUAAACGUGUAGGAUAUAAGGCAAACCAAAUGUGAUUUUAAUUUUAACGAAAACUUUAAACGACCCCGUUUGGACUUAUUUAAAACCGCUGAAUAAUUGUAUCAUAGGACCUUUCCCGCUUCGUUUGCAUUGUUUUUUUUUUCUAAACUGUGGUGUACCGUCGAGUGUAUAGGCUGAGAAACAAUUUGCCAACCAAGCCCCAGAGAAAGACUGUUAAAACUAAGAUAAGUUUUACUCUUACAACUUUCCAACCUACCCCAAUACAGCGAAAAAGUAUCAAGUUAUGUUUAAGGAAAGUCUUGUACAUAGGAGCAAAUCCCCCUUAUACCAGUCGCGCCAAUCUUCUUCGAAAAUACAGUAACUAAUAUAAUCAAGAGCAGAUGAACAAAUUUUUACUAUCGCAAACAAUCGAAACUAGUACUUAACAAGAUGAAAUCGGAAGGUUAUUAAGAGCACACAUAUGAAUCCUAUAAUUCGAUGAGUUAUUCUAGGAAGGAAGCAAACCCCCUGUUCAAAGCAAAUACUGAACGUACUCUAGUGGUUGUAACUUAACUAUUAAACAAAACGAAAUAUGCAAAAAGCCAACACUGUAAAGAAGCAUAACUAUGCUACACUCUCUAUAGCAUCAUUGUAUUAAAGCGUCGAAUCCGUUCCAGUUUGACAGUCUCAGCGCACAUCGCACGAGCCCACGUGUGUUUCCGGCUGCUACGCAGUAGGCCCGCGUUUCGUUCGCUUCGCCGCUCACGUAUUUCCCUUUUUUUAACUUGGAGGCCAUUUUUCGGCACCUUCCACGUUUAAUUACAGGGUUAGCACUCAUCUCUGUGUGUUUCCUUCGUGUUUCUGUUUACGAUCUGUGGUCUGGUCAUCAUCCAUCUGCUACUGCUCUUCGCAAUGAAAGCUGAAUUCCAUCAUUGCUCGUUUUCGGCAAACGUAUAUAUUCACGUCUGUCGGUGUGCUUGUGUCAGUGUUAUAAGUAUUUUUUCAUUACCCUUUCAUUACGCCUUUUUACGUUUUACUGGUGCAUGGACGUUAGAGGUGAAACGGAGAAGAACACAAAAGUAUAAAAAAAAACUAAACACAGUAAUUAUCUCGGCCACGCCUUCCCACCCUGCGAUACGUGCGCGGUUUUCCGUUGUUCAGUUUAUUGUUCGCUUUGAGGCGGCGAACAAAAGCAGGCGGCGCUGGUGAUGCGAGACAAGCCGUGUGUGUACGUGAAACUGUCAAACCUGUCUGCUGCCACUUGGGUAUUUUUUUCUAAGCCACCAUGAAAGUAACAUUCUUGAAGAUUAAUCAAAAGCAAAAAUGUCGUCUUUGUAAAUAGAGGAAUGAAGUGAGGAGUUUUAUCACAAUAGGUCCUAUCUGCUUUGAUUGGUGGUAAAUUAGUGAGACGACUAGUGAUUGUUCGGUUUCUAUCAACUGGAGCCUGUUGAAAGUAAGUCAAGGUUAGUUAUCAUCUUGAUCACUAAAACACACAGGAAAACUCUGGAUACUUCAAAAAAAUAUUGGGAGAACUGAGCCUAUUCGAAUUUAGUAAAAGUAUCGUGUUAAGGGGAGGAUCACAUUAAAAUGACCAAAAGAUAAGCAAAAAAAUUUUAAGGUUAUGUUAUCGUCUUCAUUUACAAUUUUUUUCAAGAUCACAAAAUAAAAUGGCGCCCGUGGUGACAUUCUGUCUAAGGAUAGAUAAGCGUGGAAUUCCAAAACUACGUAUAGCCUGCUGCCUCGAGAUCGAUAUGAUGCACAAAACUAAUAAUAAGGCUCUAAAGCAAACAAAAUUUAUUGGAGGAAUGAUCUAAAAAACGGAUAAAAAGUUCAAAUUACGUGAUGGUGUGAUCUCAUACUUUGAAAUCGAUAUUCUAGCCUCUUUUCCACUUUAAGGCUUCACUAAAAAUAAUGAAUAGAAGCAAUUUGUAGAUUUUAUAGAUUAUUCCUCCAGUGAGGUCAAAAGAAGAAGUUUUAAAUUGAAUCGUUUUCAAAUGAAAAUUUUGAAAUAUCAUGUGUUGAGAUGAACGCGUUUAAAGUUUUGAAAAAUACUUUCGUGGUAGUAUGCCAUUAUUUUGUAACAGUUACAUGGAAUUAUCGGUUUUGGACAUCAUUGAUUACGUAUCUAAAGUCAGUUUUUCGAAAUUCAGAGGACGGAUCCAAUACAGGGGACCCCCACUAAAAAUAUGUGGUAUUUCAACUAAAAUAGAUAAAAAAUAAGGUUUUGUGAUUAAAAAAACAAAUUUAAGUGGUUUUGGCGAUUUCAAUAUGGCGGACUAAAAUGUGACCUUAACGAUUUUGACCAAUUUUUUUCGUUUUUCACAGUUUUCUGUUUGAUAACUCACGAUUAGUCUGCGAUGCCUCUACAGGUCAAGCCGUGAAAUACGUUCUCGAGACCUGUACACAUGUACAGUGCAACGUAUUCUGGUAUGCUUCCUUGAAUGUCGGGGGUUGUGUCGUUGAUCAUAAAAUUUCAAAGAGAAGAUAAAUAAAGAAGGUCUUGAUUAGUUACUGUUCAAUGUGCUUUACACACUACUGUAUCACAUAGUAUGGAAAAAGCGACGAAAUUCACAAGUUCAUUGUUCUAUAUAUCUUGCUGCUUCUAUGCACGCAAAUCUUUUGAUAAAUUCAAGUGUAUAGAUUAUAAAACAUACGCUUGAGAAAUAAUUUAAACUUACAAAUCAAUUUCGCGUGAGCCGCUAAGCAACUUCAAAUUAAAAGAUCAAAAGAGGUUUCAGCUAUGAACUCAGAGCCACUUGAAAUGUCAAACGAAGUUCCGUUGGUGUACUCUAGGCAAUUCGAAUGUUCACACAAGCUCCAUUUGUGUAUUCUUAUUAUUUUGAAAAUUCACAAGUAGUUUUGUGUGUACUCUUUUUUGUUUGGAAAACUUUGCUACUGCGUUCACUAUUCGGGUCAUCUUCUAUAGCUGUUCUACAUGUCACAAAUUGCCCGAAUCCAAUGUAGUUGGAAGCGAGUUGUUUGUUUACUUUGUGUAAAGGGCGAACACGAAAUUUUUGCGACACCGAAAAUGUCAUGCCAAUUUUCUUAUAAUGUUUAAAAUCAAACCAAAAUUUUAGGGUAGUUUUAUACAUAUAUUUACUUCAAAAAUCGAUGUUAUCGAUUAAUCGAUGGAGCCUUGAGUGUAAAAUUGAACGCAUUUUCGCUUGAUGCCCUCCAUCAAAGUCUUUACAGUGUCAUCCGGUACCAGUUUCUCAGUUUUUUUCCAUUUUCUUAACAUGUCCUUCUCGUCUUUGACUGUCUUCUUGUUCUUCCGAAGUUCCCGCUUCAUCAUUACCCAGUACUGCUCCACCGGGCGCAGCUCCAGACAGUUUGGCGGAUUCAUGUCCUUUGGAACAAAAUGGACAGAAUUGGGCUCAUACCGCUCCAGGACACUUUUAGAAUAUGCCAAAUCUGGCCAAAAUAGCGGAGCUUCGUCGUGCUGCUGCAAGAACGGCAAAAGGCGCUUCUCGAAGCACUCAGAUUUGUAGAUCUCGCCAUUUACUGUGCCCUUUGUCACGAAAGGCUUACUCCUCAGUCCGCAAGAGCAGAUGGCCUGCCAAAUGAGAUAUUUGGAGGCGAACUUCGACAUUUCCUUCUUCUUAAAUUUGUCGUCCACAUAGAACUUGCUCUUGCCGGUGAAAAACUCCAACCCUGGAAUUUGCUUAAAAUCGGCUUUUAUAUACGUUUCGUCGUCCGUCACACAGCAGCCAUAUUUUGUCAGCAUCUUCUCGUAGAGCUUCCGUGCCCGAGUUUUAGCCGUCGAUUGUUGCCGCUCAUCGCGGUUUGGUAAGUUCUGUACCUUGUAUGUAUGUAGUCCAGCUCUCUUCUAUGCAUUCUGGACGUAGCUCUGCGACAUGCCGAUCUUUUUAGCCAAAUCACGGCUUGAGACGUUGGGAUUUGCUUUAAUCAUCCGCUUCACCUUUCCCUCCAUCUUUUUGUUCUCCGGUCCCGGUUUUCUUCCAGCUCCUUUGCCGUGGUCCAACGUCAACCGCUCCUGGAACCGCUUCAAUACUAUGGAGACGGUUGAAUGGUGAAUGUUCAACAUUUUUCCCAACUGCCGGUGCGACAGGUCAGGAAAUUCCAGGUGUUUGGAAUUUGUUCUCUCGGCUCGCGUUGGUUCACCUCCAUUUUCGUUGAAUCGAUAAACACGACUUCGAGUUUGACAGCAUGUAAACAAUACACAUCAAUGAGAAAGUGUGCAAAAUUUGGUUGAUUUUUACCCAAUGGUAAAAAAGUUAUGCUCUGUUGAAUGUGUUGCAAUAAUUUCGUGUUCGCCCUUUACUCCUAGGAACGUAAAAAUCCAACGGAAGAUCAUUUUGCGUACUCUAAGUUUUUUAAAGUUCAGUUCACUAAAGCUCUGUAUAAACAGGUGAGGAUGUAGAGUUAACCCAAACAUUCAACCCAAGGCUUCGAAAAUAAGGAAAAUGGAAAGAUAACAAAACAUUCAAAUGCUUGAAAGAUAUUGAUCUGCUUAUUAAUAUAUGCAGCUAGCAGUAUAUUGCGAGAAUUUACACAGGGUAAUCUUGCCUAAUAGUUGUAUUUCGUUGUUUGAGGAGGAAAGGGUCUUAAUGAGAAAUUAUGAAGUGGGGUGAGUUGAGCAAAUAUUCACCAUGCAAAUUUCGUUAUCCAGGUCAACAUGGAACUUUUCUUACUGCAUGAUGUGUUUAAGGUUGUUUUCGAAUAUUAAACGGUAAUAUAUCGACAAACAUAUGAUUACGGCUUAAAAGCCAACUGUCAAAAUUCUUUUUGAAGGGGAAUUCCGGACAAACCGUUACUGGUUAAACACAGUUCAUAGCAGUCAAUGA